GUCCAUUGAUGAAAAAAAAGUGCCAAGGGAAACUUCUUGAUUGUUUUAAUAAUAGAAGAAGAGAGUAUAAAAAGGCAGGUAUUAUUGCUGCUAGACGCUCCCCUUCUAUUGGACAUAUAUCCGAAUCGAUUUCAUUAUUAAGUCAAACUGAAACUGACACAGCAGAAGGUGAAGAAACUUCAUCAUUGGCAGCCUUCCUUGUUCUACCAUUUCUCUUUUUCCCAUUAACAACCAAGAGAAAAAAGGGACAACCUGCCUGUAGACCUUCAAAAGUUGAAGUCAGAGAUAGUUUUAUCACUCAUUUAAGGUCGCAUUCUGAAGUUAAGGAAACUAUUACAAGGCGUAAAGAGAAGUAUGCUCGUUUGGGAAUCACUUUGCAACCACUAACUGUGGGAAGACAUCUCUUCAGAAAUGAAAAAAAAAAUUAUUGCUUUAAUGCUAACGUGUGUAGCAAUAAGUGGCGUGGAUUGAAAUUUCAAUUUAACAAAGUACACGAUAAUUCAUCAAAAAAAGUUACUGGUAAAGGCUGUCAAACAUGGAAAUAUUAUGACAUAUUGAAUGAGUUCUUAGGGUCUACAUCAAAUGUUUCUCCACCAAAAGAAUGCUUGUCUUCUACAUCAUUUGGUUCACCAGUGUCAAAUACUACAACAUGUCCCAAAAGAAAAUCGCCCAAGGUCUCGGAGAGUGGUCGUGGAAAACAAAAGAUGUUAAGACUUAUGGAGGAAAGGGCAACCAGAGAUGAAAAGAAAAUAACUAUCCAUGAAAACCUUUUAAUUAAGUUAACCGAGGCAAAUGAAAUAGAAAAAAGAAAGGUUGAGUUGUUAGAGAAGCUUUUACUUAAAAAUAACCAUUAA